UUUACUGACCACUGACUGAGGUGUAGAUGAACUGUCACACCCCGCCACAUAGAAGCUGUGUGCGUGUGUGUGUGAAGUGUCGAGCAAAGAGAGGGGCAGGAUUUCCUUUACAUUCUUGGAUGUGGUAGGAGAAAGCUCUUUACACAGCAAACAUUCAGAUCAUCCCAACCAGGGGUUCCAUACCAGUGAUCUGUGCCCUUUUGACCUGGAAUACACCCGACAGCCAUGACAACAUCUGGAUCCAGAGCCUUCCUCCUCCUCCUUCUCCUCCUCCCCGUCAGCUUCCUCUCACAACUGCUUUAUUACAGCUUCUUGGACCAGAAGCUUUAUCAGCAGAAGCGUCAUCUAGCUGUUCCAGAGAGAAACAUCAGCAUCCUGCUGUGGCACUGGCCGUUUGGGCGCUCCUUCAGGCUCAACGGAGACAAAUGCUUCGAGCUGUACAACAUCAGCCGCUGUUUCCUUACUAAUAAUAAAUCUACCUUCUCUGCUGCUGACGUGGUUGUCUUCCACCACCAAGAGAUAGGCAGGGGACUGUCCUCACUGCCCCUGCAUCAGGUUCGCCCGGCAUCCCAGCACUGGGUGUGGCUGUCCUUGGAGCCACCUGUCAACAAUGCAAACCUCACACAGCUCAACAGCCUCUUUAACUGGACGAUGAGCUACAGACGAGACGCAGACAUAUCUAUCCCUUAUGGAAAGACCUUGCUGGGAGGUGAUGGGCUUGUCUUCCAGGCUGCUCCAAAUCGAUCCUGCUUUGUCAGCUGGGUAGUCAGCAAAUACCAACCUCAACAGGCUCGGGCUAGUGUUUACCAAAGUCUAAAGGAGCAUAUUCCCAUUGACGUAUAUGGCAAGUGGAACAACAGACCUCUGUCAAACAAAAAGCUGUUGCCCACCAUUGCAAACUGUCUUUUUUACCUGUCUUUUGAAAACUCUCAGGUGAAAGACUACAUCAGUGAGAAGCUCUGGAGGAACGCUUUCCAAGCAGGAGCUGUACCUGUGGUUCUCGGCCCAAGCCGGGCUACAUACGAGGCCCUGGCUCCCCCUGGUUCCUUUAUCCAUGUGGCUGAUUUCAAAACCACAGCAGAUUUGGCUGCCUAUCUGAAGCAUGUGGCCACAGACAAGCAGGCCUAUGAGAAGUAUUUCCAGUGGCAUCGCACGCACAGAAUUAAAACCUACACUGACUGGAGGGAAAGGCUGUGCCAGAUAUGUGUUAAGUAUCCCGGUUUGCCAGCUCAUCGAGUCUAUCAUGAUCUUGAGAGUUGGGUCAUCAGCUAAGAUUUUUAUCUCUUCCUGCUUUCAGGUCUGUGAGGUUUUUUGACUGGGACAGUUGAUACGGCUGGAUUAGCACAUGCAAAUGUGGAAUACCAUGCUGAAACAAUUUCAUGUCAUUUCAUUUCAUUCAGCUGUUAGUUUUGAUAAAGUGCAUACCACAGAAACAAAUCUCAGGAAGUUGGUUUGACUGUGCGCUGUAUAAAAAAGGAAGUAGGAGUUUGUAUGCAAACAUAAAUAAAUAUAGUCCUCAAACAGGCUGCUGGAGUUUUAUCUGCUCAGGGCUUCAAACUAAAUACUAAACUAACUAAAUACUUUUUAGAUCGUCACCUGUUCAGCAUCUAAGUUCAGAAAACUGAAACUAAAUGGUUAAGCAAGAUCAAAUUUAAAGGACCAGUGUGUGGGAUUUAGUGGAAUUGAGGGGUCUAGUUGCAGAUUGCAACCACCUUGC